AUGAUGGUGGGAGUCACUGAAGCACGGCCUUUUUCUAAAGAAUUGGGGAUUGAUGAAGGUAAAAUGCCCAGAGAGACGGACCCUUUUCGGAACUAUGUAGAGUUCCAGCGGAACAACAAGUGGAAAUGUCAAUUCUGCAAGAAGCAGUAUGCCGGAAGCGCGACUAGGAUCAAGGCCCACUUAGCGGGAGUUGGAGGAUAUGGGAUCAAUGCCUGCAAGGACGUUGGUGACGGAGUGAGAUUGAAAGCCCUAAAGGCGUUGAAGGGUAAACCAGCGGUGGAAUUGAGCAGCAGACCAGAUAACGUUGAAGUGGGUCUGCAUCAGCCUGUGAUUGCAAGCAAUGUCAUGCCGUACCUGAGCUCUGAUCGCACUGCAGCUGCAAGUUCAUCAAACUUUCGUCCCUUGCAUGAGAUGGAUGUGCCCAAUCAGUAUCUUCCUACUCAAAACAUGACUGCACAUGGGGACUUUUCCUUCUGGACACAACCUCCCCAAUCUCAUGCCGGUGAUUCUAACAUUCAGCCGCGGAAUUUGAGUUAUCCCAGCAGCGGCGGAGACCUUGCACCUGAAGCUUUGACUAACAUGCCACCCCGAGUAAAUGCAGAAGAGGGAGAACCCAAUACAGAGGUUCCACAAGAUGCGAGGACAGAUGAUGCACUCGUGGAUAGUCAACCAGGUGCUUGUGGGCUGGUUGACGAGAAUAUGCCAACUCUGAAAAGAAAGCUGGAAGAACUAUGCAAUCAAGAAGCAGACAUGGAUGGGUUGGAGACAUGGUGUAGGAAAGCACAAAGGAUAAGAGGAGAAUACUGGAGCAUGGUCCAAGCAUUCCGAGAAGGCAGAUCUCUUUGUCCGCAGCAGGUAGAAAGAGUAAAUGAUUUGAGCAAAGAAGUUGAAGAUAUUCUAGGCCACUGUAGCUUCCCAAAGGGGUCGACAACACAUGCUGCUGGACGUAGGAAAAGUUUGCCCUUGGUAACAACAGAGCUAGUAGACAAGGAAAGUAAGAAGACAAUUGAAAAGAUAUGCGGCUAUUUAAUGAAGGGUGAGAUUUUCCUCAUUGGCAUUUGUGGAAUGGCAGGAGUUGGCAAGACAGCCAUUUUAAUGCAUGUUUAUAAUAGAGUACUUGAGAAUCUUGCCUUCAAUGAUGUGUUUUGGGUCACUGUACCUCAGGAGUUUAACGUCUAUGCACUGCAAAAUGAGAUUGCCAAUGCACUAGGACUAGACAAUCUCUCAAAGAAUAGGGACGUGAAGAGGAGGGCGUGCAUAUUGAAUAGGCAUUUGAAGAGUAGGAGAGCUGUCUUAUGCUUAGAUGGUCUGUGGAUGCACUUUGACAUUGAGGAUGUGGGAAUUCCGGUUGAGAAUGCAGAGACCUCCCUUCAGAAGUUAAAAAAAUUGCAAGCUCCAUUUUGGAUAAGUGUGGGGGGUUUGCCACUUGGGAUCAUUGAGAUUGCAACUCACAUGAAGGAACUAAAGUCAGUGCAUGAAUGGAAAGGCUUGUUGCAGCGAUUAGAAAAUUCGAUGAUGGAACUUAAUGUGUUAAAGAAACUGAAACUCAGUUUCAUGAACUUGGGGAAUCCUCAAGUGGAGCAGUGUUUCUUGCAUUUAAUACUCUGUUUUGGAGAGUACUUCUCUGAAGAUGAAAUCAUCAAAAAAGUUUUGAUAGAGUCUUUCAUAGUUGAGGGCUUGUUAAGUGGAAUGGCCACCCGGCAAGAAUUGCACGAUAGGGGAAACACCAUAUUGGACAAAAUAAAAAAGGCUUGCCUGGGGGUUAAUAUAGACAGAGAGCGUCUCCUAGUACACCCCUUGAUAAGGGACAUGGCAUUGCAAAUAGUGACAAGCACAACUCACAUGGUCAAGGCCAACAUUGGAUUGAAAGAAAUUCCAGGGGAAGAGUUCUGGACGGAUCAUCUAGAGAAAGUCUUUUUACAAAGCAACGAUAUAAAAGAAAUCCCAUACGGCAUCUCGCCAAAUUGCCCUAAACUUAUGAGGCUGUCGUUGAAUAACAAUGUCUCUUUGGAAGCCAUCCACAAAUCUUUCUUCAAGCAUAUGAAGGGGUUAAAGGUUCUAGAUCUCAGCAAAACGAAAAUCAUGGAAUUACCGGACACCAUGUCUCACUUGGAGAGCUUGGAAGCACUGUUACUUCGAGGGUGUGAGGAAUUACGUUGUGUACCUUGUGUUCAAAAGUUGGGAUCCUUAAGAAAGUUGGACAUGAGUGGGUGUACUAUGCUGGAAGAAGUGCCAGAGGGGAUGAAGAUGUUGGUAAAGUUAACGUACCUCGAUCUACGUGGCACAAAGAUUGAGACGAUACUAGAAGGAGUGUUGGGGAAGCUGGUGAACUUGCAAUAUCUGGUGAUUAAAAAAGUGACGGCAAAAGAGGAGGAAGAGGAAGAGGAAGAGGAAGAGGAAGAGGAAGAGGAAGAGGAAGAAGAAGAGGAAGAGGAAGAGAAAGAGGAAGAGUUAAAAUUAACAAAGGUGGAAGGAUUCUAUUGCUCUGUUCUAAAUGUUGAAACAUUCAACGCGUGUGUGAGGCUUCUCAAGCAAAACAGCUCCCAACCAUAUGAACUGUGGUUGAACGAAUUAGGAGACCACUCCUUUAGAAAUAUGCACGAGAGGCAUAUAAUCAUCAAAAGUUGCUGUAGUAUUGCGGCAAGGGUAGAUGGAGAAAUUGGUGGGGAUGGCCACGCUCUACUUCCAAAAAAUGUGCGAGUACUGGAAGUAGGACGGUGCGAUGGGGUGACAAGUUUGCAUGAGGUAGGCCCGCUUUAUAAUCUAGAGGAGCUGAAGAUAGAGAAAUGGGAGAAGCUGGAGGAGCUGGGUGCUGUCCACUUCCCUCGCCUACGGAGACUAUAUAUCUCUGGGUGUUCCAAGCUGAAGCGUCUCUUGAAGGAGGGGCAUGAGCUCCAAUAUCUACAAUGGUUUAAAAUCGAGGGCUCAAAGGAACUAGAGGGGAUUGAUAUAGUGGCACCUUCUCUUUAUAGUGUAGAAGUGUAUGGGUGUCCUAAAAUGAAGAGGGUGGUGGAAUGGGAGUGGCUGGAAACUCGCCUUCCAAAUCUGAGGUCCAUUAAAAUAAAACAUUGCGAGCAAUUAAAGGAGAUAAUAGGUGAGCGAGCAGGGCCUACUGGUGCCACUUAUUGUCUUGCAAAGAUUGAAAUAGAAGGAUGCAAGAGGCUGGAAAGGGUGCUGAUGAUGUGGGGCCUCCCGCUGAGCGUCCCUUUCCUCCGACAUUUAUCGGUCAAAGACUGCAAGGGCAUAAAGGUGAUAAUAAGCUCUGCUCCUGCCACGAUGCAUCCCAACUCAAAUUUGACACACCUGACUCUACGGAAACUUCCGGCGCUGGAGGCCAUAUAUGAUGAGACCGUGAGUUGCCAUUCAAUCGGAUUUAUCGAUAUAAGAAAUUGUCCGACGCUGAAGAGGCUUCCUAAGAUUGACAAUGGGGUCCCUUGUCCUCCCCACGUUGUUAAUAAUUUUUGGAUAGAUAAGCAGCUGUCACGGUCGCGGUUGCUGGAGUGGCGCCAGUCCCUUUUCCCACCUGUACUUGAACGCUUAGCCAGGAUUCAUGAACCUCGUGAAGAAGAGGUUUCCGAUCAAAGCAUUGUUAAAUAUAUCAACCGUAUUGCGGCAAGGGUAGAUAAAGAAAUCGGUGUGGAUGGCUGCAAUCUACCUCGGAAAGAUGUGCAAGUACUGACAGUAGGAAGGGGCAGUGGGGCGACAAGUUUGAGCAAGCUAAGCUCACUGAAGAAUCUAGAGGAGCUGACUGCAGAGGAUUGCGAGAAGUUGGAGGAGCUGGGUGCUGUCCACUUCCAUUGCCUGCGGGUACUGAAAAUCGCUCGGUGUUCCAAAUUGAAGCAUCUCUCGGUGAAGGGGGAUGGGUUUCCACAUCUACUAUGGUUUGAAAUCAAUGGUUUGGAGGAACUGGAGCGGAUCGAUUUAGCUGCGCCCAGUCUAAAACUUAUGGAAGUGUCCCAGUGUUCUAAAAUGAAAAGAGUGGUGGAAGGGCCUGGCUGGCCACUAGCCUUCCAGAUCUGA